AUGUCAAGUGAUUUUGUUGUCAGUGAGAAGCAUGUCAGGUUUUGCUUUGAAGCCUUGAUGGCUCAUUUGAAAGAAAAGCCCUAUCCAAAACCCGAUUUCCCAGAUGACGCAUACCCAUUGUUUGUCACUUGGCAUAUUCAAUCUCACGGAGAACAGAAGCUUAGAGGUUGCAUUGGCAACUUUAAUGCUCAAAAGUUGCACAAUGGACUUUUAAAAUAUGCAUUGAUAAGUGCCUUAAAAGACUCUAGAUUCCCUCCCAUUAGAUUAGCAGAAUUCCCUAGACUUUCCUGUGCUGUCUCUUUACUGAUCAAUUUUGAAAAGGCCAAGGAUUAUCUUGACUGGGAGAUUGGUGUUCAUGGUAUCUGGAUAGAAUUUACUCAAGUCAAUGGAGAAAAGGAUACAGCCACUUAUCUACCUGAAGUCAUGGUCGAACAAAAGUGGACAAAGGAAGAAGCUAUUCAUUCUCUCUUGAGAAAAGGUGGAUACUAUGGAAAGAUCACCCAAGAGUACUGUCAGACGAGUAUUGUCCUGACUCGAUAUCAGUCUCAAAAGAAAGAGAUGUCAUAUAAAGAAUUAUUUGAUUAA